AUGCUCUCCAGCCUCGGGAACCCGCGGCAGGCGGCUGCGCAGCUCAUGAACUUUGCGCUCAUCCUGUCGACCGCCUUUAUGAUGUGGAAGGGCCUCUCUGUCAUCACCGAUUCGCCAUCCCCGAUCGUCGUCGUCCUUUCCGGCUCUAUGGAGCCUGCAUUCCAGCGCGGCGACCUUCUCUUUCUGUGGAACCGAAACUUAUUGAGCGAGACGCAAGUGGGUGAGGUGGUAGUCUACGAGGUGCGAGACAAGGACAUCCCGAUUGUCCACCGAGUUGUUCGCAAGUUUGGCAGCGGAGAGAAGGCGAAGCUCCUGACCAAGGGAGACAACAACCUUUCCGACGACACGGAACUGUACGCCAAGGGGCAGGACUACCUGGUGCGCAAGGACAUCAUCGGCAGUGUUGUGGGGUUCAUGCCGUUUGUUGGGUAUGUGACGAUUCUCCUGUCGGAGCACCCCUGGCUGAAGACGGCGAUGCUGGGAAUCAUGGGUCUCUUGGUGGUGUUGCAGCGGGAAUAG